AUGCCCGCAUCGAUACCAUUUUUAAGUCUAUUCUCAAGGUCUAAAGCCGUCUUUUCAAAGCUGAAUGGGCAUAAGCAAAAGACAAAACAACGACCGACACAACUGUAUUUUAAUACCUCAGCCUCAAGCUUACCUACAACAAGCUCUUCAUCUAGCACAUCUUCAAAUGCAACCAUCGACUCUAUACUAGACAACUCGUCAUCUGCUUGGUUAUUCAAGAGAGGAAACAGUUAUUUGUUUGGAAGAAAUGGGUAUCAGAAAUCACAAAAGUUAGCAGUUGCUUACUUUGAAAAGGCAAUGGCAUUGGGCAAUCCCAAAGCAGAAGGCGUGUUAGGGUUCUGCUACGAGUUUGGCAUGGGCGUGGAAACCGACUUUGUGCAAUCAGAAUAUCACUAUAUACAAGCAGCAAAGAAGAACGACGGGCUCAGCAUUGCCAGAUUGGCGUUCCUAAGAAAAUAUGGAAGACCCAACGUAAAGAUUGACCGUUCAGAAGCAGAAGAAUGGACUGAGCGUAUCAGACAUAAACCCAAUGCAAUCCAAUGGAUAAUUGAAGCGGCAUCAAUCAGCAAUGACUCUGCUGCUCAAUAUGCACUCGGUGUUUGUUAUCAUGAUGGCAUAUCUGUGCCUAAAGAUGAACAUGCUGCUUUCCGUUGGUACAAGGCAAGUGCAGAUCAAGGCAAUGCCCGUGGUCAGGGCAUUUUAGGUUAUUGCUACGGCGAAGGAUUUGGUGUGGAAAAAGACGAAAAGAUUGCAAUGGAUUACUAUCGCUUAGCUGCUGCUCAAGGAGAAACUGUGGCCAUUUACAACAUUGGCUAUUGUUACGAGGAUGGUAUCGGAGUCGAGAAGGAUCCAGUAGAAGCUGUUCGCUAUUACAGAAUGGCAGCUGAACAAGGCAAUGCAUUUGGACAAAACUCAUUGGGAUACUGCUAUGAAGAUGGCAUCGGCGUAGAGGAAGAUUUUGACGAAGCAGCUAGAUUAUAUCAGCUUUCUGCUGAACAAGGAUACCCUUGGGCUCAGUGCAAUUUGGGCUACUGCUAUCAAAAUGGUAUCGGUGUCCCCAAAGACGCUUCCCUCAGUGCUUACUGGUACAAGAAGGCUGCUCUCCAGGGCCAUGCUCGUGCGCAACAUAAUCUUGGCUUCUGCUAUCAGAAUGGUAUUGGUGUAGAGCGGGACGAAAGUAAGGCAAUCGUUUGGUACAGGCGUUCAUCAGAAAGAGGCAACAUAUUUGCAUAUCAUUCUUUGGGCUAUUGCUUCCAGAACGGCAUUGGCGUACCUGUCAAUGAACAAGAGAGCUUCUUUUGGUACUAUCUCAGUGCUCAAGAGAACCAUCCACCUGCUCAAUUGUCCUUGGGUUAUUGCUACAGAAAUGGCAUUGGUGUUCCCAAAAACGAAGAGGAAGCUUGCAAAUGGUUCCGCAAAUCAAGCGAAAAUGGGAACGCCCUGGCUCAAAACUCGUUAGGCUUCUGCUAUGAAGAAGGAAUUGGUGUCAAGAAAAACCCUCAAAAGGCUGCCUUUUAUUAUAUGAAGUCUGCAAAGCAAAACAAUCCUUGGGCUCAAUGUAACCUCGGGUUUUGUUACGCAAAUGGUAUUGGAGUUACUCAGAGCAACGAACAUGCUGUUUACUGGUAUCGCAAAGCGAGUGCUCAAAAUCAUGCACGUGCACAGGACAAGCUUGGCAUGCAUUUACAGAGUGGAUUGGGUGUAGAAAAAGACCUGGAGGCUGCUUUCCAACUUUUUGAAAAGGCUGCUGAAAAUGACAACAUUUCAGGGCAAUACCACUUGGCCAACUGUUAUGAGCGGGGCCUGGGCUGUGAGAUUGAUCUACAAAAAGCAAUGAGAUAUUUCGAGCGUGCUGCUUUAGCUGGCUGUCGAAAUUCCCAUGAGAGACUAAGACUGUUGAUUGUACGAGAAUGUCUACUCUCCCCUGAGAUCACAUCUACAUUGGCAAGUGCAAAUGAGGAAGAUUUGAUCUUUGGAGGGCUGAUUAUAGGCCACAGUGCGCCGGCCGCUUAA